AUGAAAAUCCAAGGAAAACCUUCUGGCGACUCCGAACGGUCACCGAAAAGCGAAGCUGAUCUGCCAUCGGAUGUAAUGCCUGCACUAAUCAGCAUUCUGGAUCGUCUAUCCACGUACAGCCAAUCUUCAAAACCGUGUCCCCCGAUCCCAAUUCCGGAAAAGUUCGUAAUCGGUAAUAAUUAUAACCGAUGGGAGAAGCAAACACAAAUCUACCUUCGGCACUUUCCACAUGAGAAACACGCCGACCUGGUGUAUAGCCUGCUCACCGGCGAAGCAUUCGAUAUUGUCUCCGAAUCCCGAAUUCUAGAUGACGAGGUAACAGACGACACCUUUAAGAGAAUCCGACAACUCUUAGACACCCCCAAACUAGCGAUCGAGUACCGUCGGGAGUUUCACUCCCGCCGGCAACUGGCUGACGAAAACGUCCGCGCCUACGUGCGAACUCUGCGACAUUUAGCAGACCGCGCAUUUCCAAACCUGUCCACCUCCGAACGCGAUCGGCGGAUCUUAGAACAACUCGUCGAGGGCACAUCAUCCACCAGCGCCCAAAAAGAGUUCUAUCUUCAGCACCCUGAAGAAUUAAACGAAGCCGUUGAAAGGGUCGAGCUGUUGGAGAGACGCGACGCCGCGAUAGCCCGCCAGAGAGGAGAGCAUUCCCCUCACACACCCUAUUCUUUCCAUGUUGGAACUCCCCGAUACGCACCACCAAGAAGUACAGCCAACUCCCGUCGACCCGGACGUUGGACUUGGCGGGGCCGACGUGGCCAACGAGGGCCUUGGAGCGGAACCAGAAGAGACAGCCAGAUCGCCUGUGUCGGAGCUGGCCAUCGGCAACCAGAGCCAGACGAACCGAACCAUACGUACGAACAGUCGUCAGCCCCCUCCAAUAACCCCCCUUGUACAGACCCCACUGACGAAGGCGCAGACAACUGGAACGAGAAAAAAACGUAUAGAACAUUUGCAGUGGUAGGGGCUAACACGUGGCUUACUACCGAAGGAACUCUGGAUGCGCGAUUGGCCUUGGCCAUCUCCGGUCCUGUGCAAACUGACUGA